UCUUUAAUCAGAGGGGAAACAGUGAAGGGCAAAUAAAAAAGGGAAAAAGAAAAUUCAAAAGAAAAGCAUUUACCAAAAUUUCCAGAAUUCGAAGGAAUGGGCCCCCCCGUUCACCACAAUCAAGUACUCUAUUUAUAAAUAUCCCCAGAUUUUGCCUGUAAUUGCAUCGUCGUCGUCUUCUAUAUCUCUUUUGUUUUUCCAGUCAAAACCUAGGACCUCUCCUGCCGAUUUUCGAUUCAAAGUUUGAAUCUUUGUGUAUACAAAGAUCUAAUCUGUUUGAAGUUGAAGCCUAUAGAAUAGAUCUGGGAUCUGGGAUCUGGGAUUUCGUAUGGUGGUGAAGCAAAAGUGGUUUCUGGUAGAUGGCGAUGGUAGCUGAGAAGGAUCCGGAUUCAGAUUCGGUUGAGAUUCGGGAAGUGUGGGAUUAUAAUCUAGAGCAGGAGUUUGCCCUGAUCCGGGAAGUGGUGGAUGAGUAUCCGUACAUCGCCAUGGACACGGAGUUCCCCGGCGUGGUUAUCCGGCCGGUGGGCAACUUCAAGAACAGCUGCGACUACCAUUACCAGACGCUCAAGGACAACGUGGACAUGCUGAAGCUCAUCCAGCUGGGGCUCACCUUCUCCGACGAGGAAGGGAACCUGCCCAACUGCGGUGGGACCCACAACACCCACUGCAUCUGGCAGUUCAACUUCCGGGAGUUCAAUCCCAACGAGGAUGUGUUCGCCAACGAUUCCAUAGAGCUGUUGCGCCACAGCGGGAUCGACUUCCAGAAGAACAUCGAGAAAGGGAUCGACGCCAGGCGGUUUGGGGAGCUGCUCAUGUCAUCCGGUGUGGUGUUGAACGAUAAUGUUCAUUGGGUUACGUUCCACAGUGGCUACGAUUUCGGCUAUCUUCUCAAGCUCUUGACUUGUCAAAUGUUGCCGGAUUCGCAGCCUGGGUUCUUUACAUUGAUCAACGCUUAUUUCCCGGUUGUGUAUGAUAUCAAACACUUGAUGAAGUUCUGCAAUAGCCUCCAUGGUGGGUUGAACAAGCUUGCAGAGCUUUUGGAGGUGAAGAGAGUUGGGAUUUGCCACCAGGCUGGGUCGGAUAGCUUGCUCACGGCUUGCACUUUCAGGAAGUUGAAACAGAGCUUCUUUAGCAGCUCUGUGGAGAAAUAUGCAGGUGUAUUGUAUGGUUUAGGUGUUGAAUCAUCAUCAUCUUCUUCUUCUUCUUGACAGAAUGAACAAGACUAAAAAGUUAUUUUAUAAAACCUGUGAAUACCCACAACACACAAAAAAAAAAAAAAAAAAAAAA